AUAGCAGCAGAAAAACAAAAGUUUUCAAAAUUUAGGAAAAAAUCAUUAAAAUAAUUAGUUUUAAGCAAUAGUUUAGAAUUAAUACAUUCGAAAUACAUCCUAGAUUGUACCGUAUCUAGUUGGGUGAAAAAGGGCCAGCCGCAAUCGUAAAAAGUUUAUAGUAGAUAUGCUCGGGAAAUAUACUGAAUCCCCGGAAGGAGCCCGCAACAGGAGUAAUCCGGUAGUCAUGUCGAUGAUGCCGCCACCGCCGCUCUACCCCUCCUCGUCAGCGGCUCCACCUUCCACCUCAUCUACGACGCCUCGCAGACCGAAUGAGUCAACCGGAUCUUCCACCACAACCGUAGUCAACAUUGUCACCAGUUCCCCAACGGAGACGGCAGCCAUUAUUGCUGCUGCCACCGGUGCCCCGGCCAGUCCGGAAUCUACCGUCAAACAACUGACUCCACAGUAUCAGUGUCAAAUUUGCUUGAAGUGCUUCAACAGUGUCGGCACUUUGUCGGUCCACUUGAAUACGCACGAGAAUUCACCGCAAAUCGAGUACCGUAAUGCGGUAACCACCUACAACGGUCAGAUUGUUACCGGCGCUAGCCCGAUCAAGACGGAACCGCAACCGUUCCAGUUGCUGGCAUCGCCAAGCUAUGCCGGGGGAGUGCAAGGCUUCCAGAUGGCAGGCGGCUCCGGACAGGCAUGCCAAAUCUGCCAGAAAGUAUUCAACGCUAGCGACCAGUACCAGAACCACAUGAAAAUUCACGAGAACGAGUUCCGGAAUCGAGCGCUGUACCAGGCGGGAAGCAGUGGGCAACAGUUGCCAGUGACGGUCAAGGAGCCGGAACCAUCGGACGAGGGAGAUGGAAAACCAAUUGAUUGUAUCGUGUGCCAUAAGAAGUUCCAGACUGCUACGCAGCUAGCAGUACAUCUCAGGGAACACAGCUCUGAAAAGCCGUAUCGGUGUUCCGUCUGCGGUAAGGGCUUUAUUCAGUCAAACAACUUGUCCACCCACAUGAAGGUCCAUUCGGGACAGAAGCCGUACAAGUGUGAAAUCUGUGGCAAACACUUUAGCCAAUCGAACAACCUGAAGACACACGUUAGGACCCACACGAACGAACGUCCAUAUGCUUGCGCUAUUUGCGAGAAGCGUUUCAACCAGAAGAACAAUCUAACGACCCAUAUGCGAACCCAUUCGCUCGUCUGUAAGGUUUGUCGAACGCAGUUCCAUCAUCCAACGGAGCUGGCCAAGCACGUCCGGGUUUGCUAUGCAGAUCAAAAGCCCAACAUAUGUACCGUAUGUAACAAGGUCUUUAUGAACCAGGACGAUAUGAGCGAUCACAUGAAGCAGCACAAUCAGAUUAAGCCCCACAAAUGCCAGAUCUGCCAGAAAACGUUCACCCAAUCGAACAACUUGAAGACCCAUAUGAAGACACACAUCUUCCAGGAUCCGUUUAAAUGUUCCUUCUGUUCGCGCUCGUUUCCGAACGAGGAAGAAUUCAGCCGCCACUCGUUGGUCCAUUCGUCGCCGAAGCCGUUCAACUGUCCGUACUGCGGAAAACAAUUCAUUCAGUCGAACAACCUCAAGACCCACGUCCGAACCCACACCGGCGAGAAACCGUACAAAUGUUACAUCUGCGACCGUCUGUUCAACCAGAAGAACAACCUCAACACCCACAUGCGCAUCCACCAGGGUCUCAAACCGUACCAGUGCACCAUCUGCGAGAAACGCUUCAACCAGAGCAACAAUCUGAAUAAGCACAUCUACAAGGUGCACUGUCACGAGAAGAUGGGACCCGUGGUGGGAACGGUGGCCACGAUGACCGGUACGAUAGAUGGAGCUGUUGUCGUCCCGGCUGCGGCCACCGUUGCCGGGUUGGAUGGCUUGGCAUCGGGGACGAACAGUUGACUACGAUAGAUACCGGUGGCGGAUGGGUCGUUGAUGGACGUGGUGAAUCUCCGAUGGAACGGCCGCGAAAUGCGAAUGGUAUGCCCCUUUUAUUAGUAACUAGUUAUACUCGUAUAUUACUGAAAUAAUUAUGAUACCGUAGUCGUGUAAAAAAAUAUAUAUGUUAUGGGUCUAAA